AUGUUGAAAACUUUCACAAAGAUAAAUAGUUUAUUUAUAAAGAAUAUUAAUCUGAACCAAACGCCGCAAAGCUUCAAAGAAAUUGAUGGAUGUGAUUACGAAAAUAUUAUCCAAACUUCAUUGUACUUUGUCAGUAAAAUGAAUGCGUUAAGACUUUUCAUUGAAAUGAAAUCUGGACGAUGA